UGUCAGUCAGUCACUGUUCAACAAAGUUCAAAAACAAAAUUUGUUUUGAUUUGUUAAAUUUUUCUUAUAAAUUCUCCAAAAAUGGAGCCAAAUAUCCCAAAUAAUACAUUGAUAUCAAAAUUACACAUCAAUGAUCAAGACAUCUAUGUACGUAUACAGUGGGAGGACAAUGAAAAUGAUUUAUUUCGCAUAAAAAUUUUCGAUGGCACCAGCAGUUGGUCUGGACGAUUUUCCACUGAAUUUGCUAGAAGCUGCAGGAAUAUGGUUGAAGAAACUGAAGAUGACUAUAAACGUAAUGUCAGAAAUUGCCUGGCCGGCACCAUAGAAGGUUUUACCUUUGACUUUGUUGUUCAAGCAGAAGACCCUAGUGUUGCAAAGUUUAGUUGGAGGAAAUUAUUUGAUGAUUCGACAUUGAUGGCUCAUGGCUCUGUUCCAGUUCAUCUUGAUGACAACCAGGAGUCUAAAGACAGUUUAAUUGACUUCUUGUUGAGGGAGAACAAAGAACUAAGGGAUGUUAUUGAAGUUUACAUGAGGAGAAAUGAUGCACUGACUGACAACCUGGAAAAAUGCAAAGAAGAGUUGGAGGAAUUUGUGAACAUGAAGACUUCCCUAGAAACAAGUCUGUAUGGUAAAUUUAUACAGUUACUCAACGAGAAAAAGAGGAGGAUUCGGCUACUUGAAGAGAAUAUACAGAAAUUCGAAUAAAUUCUUGUGUACCCUUAUUAUUACCUUAUUUGAACCAAAAUAAUGUGUAUCUCUAGGUGUGUGAUGAAUUUAAGAAAUUUUUGUGAUUAUCUAUCUUUGAAUUUAAUAAUAAUAAUUAAAUUGAACUAACAUAAUGUAAUAGGUGUUUGAAAUUUUGAUGAUUAUUGUAUGUUUAAUUUUGUAUUUGAAUCUACUCAAUGCGAGUGUAUUGUGUAGUUGUAAGAAAUUUUUGUCAUAAACAAAUGA